UGUACAAAAUCAAACUGUUGUGAAACAGCCUUCACAAGGCAAUGAGCCCUAAGUCCUGUACACAGACCUACGUCAAACCCACUCAGUUCUCACAGCCUACGAGGCUUUGCUUUACAGUAGGCCCCAAGAGUGGCCCGGUAGAUGUCGUGAAAGUCAAGCAGCCUCUCCGGAAUCUGUGCGUCCUGCUUUGCGGCAACUCUUGGCAGGAAAGUGCGGCGGGCGGUUGGAGAUUCCUCGCCCCGCCCCCGCCAGCUCUCUACACUCGGGGAGACCGGAGUAGGCUAGGACCCAGCGCUGUGCGCCGGUUAACAGCCAUUCUCCGUCGCCGGUACCAUGGAAGCGGCGGUGGAUGCCGAAGUCGAACCUGAGAAUGGCGACAGCAGCUGCGCAGACGUGUGCUUCAUGGACAAAGGCCUGCAGAGCAUAUCAGAGUUAUCUUUAGAGUCAACCCUUCAUGCCAUCAAUUUGCAUUGUAAUAAUAUCUCCAAGAUCACAGCCAUUGAUCACAUUUGGAACUUACAGCAUUUAGAUCUGUCAUCUAAUCAAAUAAGUCAAAUUGAAGGACUAAACACACUGACAAAACUAUGUACUUUAAACUUGUCCUGCAAUUUGAUCACAAAAGUAGAAGGACUUGAAGCACUGGUUAAUCUGACUAGACUGAAUUUGUCUUAUAACAACAUAAAUGAUCUUAGUGAAUCUUUUUCCUGUUUAGGGUUGAUGCCCCUUCAUGGGCUGAAGUACAAGCUUAGAUAUAUCGACCUACAUAGUAAUUGUAUAGAUAGUAUCCAUCACUUACUUCGGUGUACAGUGGGAUUGCACUUCUUGACCAAUCUUAUUUUGGAGAAGGAUGGAGAAGGUAAUCCUGUCUGUCAUGCACCAGGGUACAGAACAAUUAUUCUCCAGACUUUACCACAGUUGAGAAUCUUAGAUUGCAAGAACAUCUUUGGUGAACCAGUAAAUUUGGCAGAAAUGAAUUCAUCAUGCCUACAAUGCUUAGAAGGUCUUUUGGAUAACUUAGUUUCUUCUGAUUCCCCCCUGAAUAUAAGUGAGGAUGAGGUCGUUGAUAAUAUCCCUGUGGAAACACCACCCAUGGAUGUGUUGCCUCCUUUGGAGCAGUUUACAACUACACAAGAAGAUAAUGUUUUUACCUCAUUUUUAUCUGUAUGUCCAUCUUCUGAACCAAAGAAAAUUAAUCAUGAAAACGAUUUACAGAAUAAGAUGAAACUUCAGAAAUUAGAUGUUCAAAUCUUACAGCUUCUCAAUGAAACUUCUAAUUCUUUAAUAGAUAAUGUUCCUGAGAAAAACCUAAGACCAAAAAGAGACACAGAUAUAAAUUCUGAAAACGACUAUAGCAACAGAAAAGGGUGCAAUAGAAAAAUUCCUAGAAGAUCAAAAAUUCCAUUAUAUGCCAAAAGUAUUCAAACUAUUAAGCACAAUAAUAAGAACAACAGCAGUUCUGUAAGUUGUAAUCGUAAAAUGAGACAACCUUACUUUAAAAAUUUAUACGUGAGAUCAUCUUUAGCCAACUGUAAUGUAUUACAAGAUCUACAAGAACAGAAGACUGACAUAAUUAAAGUAGACAAAAGUGGCUCCGAAGACAACACUUACCGGUCUCUAGUGGAACAGUUAGACCAAGAGAGAGAAAUGAGAUGGAAAGCUGAGCAAGCUGAAAAGAAACUCAUGGAUUACAUCGAUGAGCUGCAUAAGCAAGCAAGCGAGAAGAAAGAUGUCCAUAGCCUAGCUCUAAUUACCACAGAUAGACUAAGGGAUGUUAUUUUUAAAGAGAGAAGUUCUAAGGCGCAACUUGAAGUUAUCGUUCACAGACUUCAAAAUGAAGUUAAAAAACUAACUUUUGAAUUAGUGAAAGCAAAAGAUGAACAGGAAGUUCACAUCAGACACUUGAGGACCCUGGAAAAGGCAUUAGAAAAAAUGGAGAAGCAAAAAGCACAGCAGCAGCAGGCACAGAUGAGAUUUAUCCAAGAGGUGGAACUCAAAGCUUCAGCUGCUGAUAGAGAAAUAAACUUACUUCGGACUUCUCUUCACCAAGAAAAGGAACAAGUGGAACAACUUCAUGAACUUCUGGCAUUGAAAGAACAGGAGCACAGGAAAGAAAUGGAAACUCGGGAAUUUUUUAGCGCUGCUGAGUUCCAGGAUGCGUUAGCCAAGGAAGUAGCCAAAGAAGAAAGAAAACAUGAGCAAAAAUUGAAAGAAUACCAAGACAAAGUUGAUAUAUUAAACCAGCAGUAUUUGGAUUUAGAAAAUGAAUUCCGCAUUGCUUUGACUGUUGAAGCCAGAAGAUUAAAAGAUGUUCAAGAUGCUUUUGAGAAUGUUGCAAGUGAGUUAGCAAAGAGCAAGCACGCUCUUAUUUGCGCUCAGAGAAAAGAAAAUGAAUCUUCAUGUUUAAUUAAAGAUCUGACCUGUAUGGUAAAGGAACAAAAAACAAAACUCUCAGAAGUUUCCAAAUUGAAACAGGAGGCAGCAGCAAAUUUACAGAAUCAAAUCAACACUCUUGAAAUUUUGAUUGAAGAUGACAAGCAGAAGAGCAUUCAAGUAGAAAUUCUCAAGCAUGAAAAAACUCAGCUCAUUUCUGAGCUAGCAGCCAAGGAAUCGCUGAUUUAUGGUUUAAGAACAGAAAGAAAAGUAUGGGGACAGGAACUGGCACAACAGGGGUCAUCCCUAGCCCAGAAUCGUGGGAAAUUAGAGGCCCAAAUUGAACAUUUAUGUAGAGAGAAUGAAUCUCUGACAAAAGCACAUGAAAGUGAUAGUGAUACAUUAAGAAUAAAGAGCAAAAUUAUAGAAGACCAAACUGAAACCAUCAGAAAAUUAAAGGAUUUUUUACAAGAAAAAGAUGAGCAAAUCAAAUUAUUACAAGAAAAGAUCACUGUCAUAGAAAAAUGUACUCAAGAACAACUUAGUGAGAAAUCUUCACAACUGGAUAAUAUAAUUGAAAAAUUAGAAAGACACAGUGAAAGAAAGGAAAAACUGAAACAGCAGUUGAAAACAAAGGAAUUAGAACUUGAAGAAAUCAGAAAAGCUUACAGCACACUAAAUCAGAAAUGGCAUGAUAAAGGAGAACUGCUCUGUCAUCUUGAAACACAAGUAAAAGAAGUGAAAGAAAAAUUUGAAAACAAGGAAAAGAAACUUAAGGCAGAAAGAGACAAAAGUAUCAAGCUACAAAAAGAUGCAAUAGAAAAGCUUCACAAUAUGGAUGAUGCCUUUAAAAAACAAAUUGAUGCGAUUGUUGAAGCUCAUCAAGCUGAAAUAAUACAGAUAGCAACUGAGAAGCAGAAAUGUAUUGAUUGUGCUAAUUUAAAGGUUCACCAAGUUGAAGAAGAAAUGCGUGAACUUCUGGAAGAAACAUCCAAGAACAAAAAAGUAAUGGAAGAAAAAAUUAAACAACUCGCUUGUGCUCUAAAUGAUAUUCAGAGAGGAAUGUGAUAUUUCUGAGAAUGACUUUAAUUGAAAUGAACCAACAAACCUAUUGUAAAAAUGAUUAAAUAUUGUAAUAGUA